CCAUGCAGCAGGCAGCUCAACAAGAACCGGCAGCAGCAGCAGAAACGUAAAAGAUGGACUAAAAAUUAUGUGCCUCCGCCUCGGAUCAUCAUCAACAUGCUCCCGGGAGUUGUCUAUGCACUGCUGGCGGGUUUCCUCGGAGCCGUGGCGUCGUCGUCGGCCAAACUGUCCCUCGGAGCCGACUACCUGAAGGGAGUCUGUGAAACCGGACUCCGGACGUGGGGAGAGCAGCGGAAAUUUAGACAAGCGGACGAAACUACCGCCUGCGACCGGCUCCAUAUCCCUCUGAGGCUGCUGUGUGGGGGACUGCUUUUCACCUGCAAUGCUGUGAUGUGGACCUUUCUUGCCAAAGCACUCAGGUACUCCUCUUCCUCCACCCAAACCACUGUGACCACCACGGCCUCCAACUUUAUAUCUUCCGCUUUCCUGGGCCAGCUGAUCUUUGGUGAAGCCCAGAUAACGUUGUGGUGGGUUGGGAUCUCCCUGACCUUCUCUGGUCUGUUGGUACUGCAGAGGGUUUCACCGCAGGAUGCACAACAUGACGCAGGACACAAGGACGAAUGAUAUGACUGGUCUCCACUAGAGUUGGGCCUGGCUCCAACUGGCCUAUUACUGUGGUAAUAGGAGUGUUUUGGUUGGCAUCUCCUCUGAUUUGAUCUAGCCAAAGAAAAUGUCAUUUAAAAAAACAUGCUGUCUUCCCUCCCUCAAAGUUUUAUUAGAGAAAUUGUAUUCGGAAUAACUAAAUGCCCCUCAAAAUGAAUUAUUCCUUAUGAAAAGCAAAUGCUUUAUUUGUAUUGUUAAUAUUUAUCCUUCAGGUUGCCGUUUGGCUGAGGAACAGCAUUGUUUAGGUCUGUUUUAAAAUCAGAGGAGGCGUUGGCUUUUAGCCAGUCUGGCCAUGCCCAGCUACAAUCUGGCUAGUGGAGACAAGAUAAUGGAUGCCUGUGCCCAGUUUCCCAGAUGCUCUAAAAUUAUCUUUGCAGACGAGCUUACAAUAAAGCAAAAAUGAUACUAGCUUUAUGCUACUUUUGGGAAAUCUUUCUGUCAACAGCAGCAAAAAAAGCGUGUGAGCUAACAGAAAAGGUGUGAGGCAAUGGAAAAGGCUACAAAUAAUUUGACAUUUUGGGAAAUGCAUUUCCGACAGAGAGUUAGAUGAAAACAUUGACACCACUGCACUUUGUACAGUAAGCUUAGCAUAACAAGUGGCAGAGAGCCUGGUUCUUCUUGAACUUAAGAAGAUCUGCCUACUAGUAUCAUCAAAUCUCUGUAGUUAACAUGUUAUACCUAUUUUUUUACUCAUUCGGUAAAACCACAAAGUGUUUGUUUUUCAAUAUGGUAUUGUAUGGAUUGAAAACAAGUCAGAUAUUGUUAGUUUUGUACAGAGCCAGGCUAGCUAUUUUCCCUUUUACUGUCUUUGUGCUAAGCUAAGCUAAAGUUCUUUAGCUGCAGCUUUGUAUUUGACAGACAAUUGAGAGUUACAAUCUUCACAAAUCUUCAUCUAACUCUCUGCAAUAAGGAAGUCAUUGCAUUUCAAACUAUUUCAUUAAAGGAAUAGACACAAAAUAAUUAACAGAUAUGUAUGUAUACUUUGAAAACCUGUGGCCAUAUGGUCAGACUUAUCUCUCGUCAAUCUUUGGUGUUGUGUUCAUGAGAAAUGGACAAAUAGCAUCAUUGGCCAUGCUCACGAUGUCACUAUUAAUCAGCCAGUGCAUUAUGUAUCGUAGCCGUCAAAUCACCAAAGCUUUCUUAAUUCUGACAUUUCCUUAAAUAACUAAGACAGUCACUGUAAACAUCUUACACUGACGUUGCAUUUUAUGCAUGCUUGAGGCAGGUUCAUAGUGACGCACUUAGCUGAAGAAAUCUUAUUUUCACAAGAAAUAAUAUGUAGCUUUGAAAGUUUCAUCCUUUGGUUCUUUAAAAAUAAUAUGAUUUGCCUUUCUUGACAGCUUGAACCUCAAGAUAGGAGCAUGACACAUUUUAUGAUUCAGAGGAAGAUGCUCUUCCACUUUAUGUUGGACGUUGCAUGUUUCUACUGAAAAUUGAACUCAAAUAUCUCACACCAAAGCAUCCUGGAGUGUCAGUCCACAUCAGAGGGAAGUCCCUGUGAGCUGAAUAAUGUUAUUAAAUUCACAAUCAUGUGACUAAAGUGUCCAAACCGUCUCUUAAGCAUCAGAGACAUCACAUGGCCUCUUUAAUUGCCUGUUGAGCUUUAUGCGUGCGCCAUGCAUUUACAAUCUUAUAUUUUCCUGUCCAUAGACCAUCAUCACUCUGGGUUUAACCUGGCUUUAUUAAAAGCUCCCCCUACAUCCCUGGAGUUGUCAGUGAGAGUGCAAUAACAUUAUUCACCUUUAAAUCUCAUAACACUGUGAUGUGUAUAAAAGUGAAUGAUGCUUUGAGUAUUCAUGAUGUAAUGUAGAAAAUGAAAAAACAGGCUGCUCGAGGGACGUUUCGGUAAGCGUAAAUCAGCCAAGUACAGGGGUUGGACUGAAUAUGACAUGAAAGGUUGCUUUAUUGAACUAUUUUAAGAUCACACUUUGCUGUUGUCUAGAUACAUAUCAUAAUAUAAAUGCAGAAUGGUAGCUCUAAUACCUGUAUGUAAUGUUCCACAGCAGCAAUGCACAAAUAUAUCCUUCCAGCUGCUGCUGUGUAGGUUUUGUAUCAUGUGAUUUACAUGCAUCUCUAUUAAUGUGACUGCAGUGACAAUGUGAUUAUGAAGCUCUAAAGUUAAAGUGUUGUUAUAUUUCUUAAACAGUGGAGAUAACUCACAGCCACAGAGAAGUGAAUUUGCUUUCUUGUAGAGAGUUAGAUAAGAAGAUUGAUACAACUCUUAUGUCUGGUCUCACAAUAUAAACUGGAGAUGUUAGCAAGUUAGCUUAGCUUAUCGUCAAGACUGAAAACAGGGGAAACAGCUAGCCUGUCUCUAUUUAAGGGGAAUAGGAGGCCUUCCAGUACUACCAGUAGGGUGUAAUUUGGCAUUUGAACAGAGAGACAGGCAGGUUUAUAGUCUAUGCUAAGCUAACCAGUCUAGCUUCCUAUUUACUUGACAGAUUUAGGUAGGGCUUAAUGGGAGGUUAUCUGCCAGACUAUUUCUCACUACUUGACAAUUUGACAGUUUAUUUUUUAUUUGUGGACUACCGGAUCACUGCAUAUAACUUGUGAAUAUAUGAGUUUAGGAGGUGCUGUUUGGUAUGUUACCACAGGCUAGCUCUUUACAGUUGUUAUGAUAAGCUAGGCUGCUAGCUGUAUAGCAUCAAAGUAACAUAAAGACAUGAGAGAUCUUCUCAUCAAACUCUCAGCAAGAAAGGAAAUAAUUGCAUUUCCAAAAAUGUCAAACUAUUUAUUUAACACGCCUUUGAUAUCUGUAAUAUUUUUCUUUACAUUCUGAAGGGUUAUAAUGUGCCUGGCUUUUCCUCCAGUUAUUGGCAUGAUAUGAUGUUAAACCAUCUACCUGUGAAUCCACUCCCACUGUAAUAUAACCAGCUGGAGCUUGGCAGUUGCCACAUUUAAAGCUCCAUGACAGCCGCAUGGCCCUGGGUGUGAUGUAUUUAUGUGCACUUACACUGUAGAUUAGUUGUACAGAGAGAUUAGAAAAUCACUGAGUUAUAACGUCGACCUCUCGGUGUGUGUCACAUUCAUGAGUUAAUGUGAUGCACUGCUAUAAAACAGUAAAUGUAUGAGCCCUUUUUCUGAUUCAGUAAAGUUUUGACUCAUCUCAUGGUAGAAUAAACAGAAAGA